AUGAGCAAAGACGACAAGUGGAUGAGCAAUCCGUACAUGUUUCCUGGUGUCACCCCCAGUCAUCUCAAACGACGCUCAGAGUCGCAUUCGUCGUCGCCCCUCGUCGCUUCUUCCACCUCUUUCGUCUCAUCCAAGAAGCGGCCCAGCACGAGUCAUGCAUCAGGUCACAAAGACUAUGCGCCCUCGGUAGCCUCGACAGCGACAAGCAGUACCGUCAAGGUGCGAUAUCCAUAUACCGUCCUCAAAAAUGGCAAGAAACAUCACGCGUUCCCAACCGACAUUAUACCUUAUCCACUCAACUAUGAUAAUCGGAUUCUCGACGCCUUCAUUCUCGACUCGACACCGAUCCAAUCUCACUCUGCGAGCAAUAGCUCUCCUCUCAUGGCGACCUCUGGGUGGAAGCCAUCCCUCGUACCCACCAUCCACACCUCGGACCCAUCCACUCACCCAAAACGUGUCCUUGAUCUCGGAUGCGGAACGGGCGCAUGGUGUGUAGCGGCUGCCCAAGUAUGGCCCUAUACGCAGUUCACCGGUCUCGACAUGGUCGCGAUCCAAUCCGUCCCGUCUUCAGUGGGUGUAGAGAGAAUUGAAGAAGUCGUGAGGAGAGUCAAAGAGGGCAAAUCUGUGGCAAAAGUCUCACCAGGCGCCCCGCGGGGCACCAGCGGCGUCCCGACGCUCCUCACACCUUCUCGGCCUUCGACGAGCAGCAGCUCGAGUUUACGGUCGGGUUCUGGAGGAUUACAUGCUCUGCACCCGCUUACGACGACAAUGACGAAUGCGAGUAUGACGAGUACGGCUAGUAUUGGGAGUAAUGGGAGUAGUGGGAGCGGUGGGAGUGCGAGUCAGAUGCAGACUCCCACCAUCGCGCAUCCAUACAAGACUGCCAGGGGACCAUAUUCACCCACGCAAGAAACAUCCCAGCCCUUGUUCUCUGUACGCGCCUCGGCAAACGUCGCUAUUGAAAGCAGUACGAGUUUGAGGACGACAAGUUUGAGUACAGCCGAAGAAGAUUCGAAUGGAAAUGCUGCGAGUGCAAGUUCGGUCCUUUUGCACCAAUGCUCGACGCCGUCUCCUCUAUCCCAAGCCCAUUCUUCUUCUCAGCCACAACCAACGCUCCCGGCUCAUGCGCGCAUCAAGUGGGUCCACCAUAAUUUUUUAUCCAGACGGGGCUUGCCGUUUGGCACUGGCGAAUUUGAUCUCGUACGCGUAAACGGUGUCGCGCAGGGUGUUCCAGAGGAUCGUUGGGACCAUUUGCUUGCCGAGUUGACCCGCGUCCUCGCCCUCGGUGGUUCACUCGAGAUUAUCGAAGAAGACAUUCUUUUCCCAGUCGUAUUAGCACCAAAAAUCACCUUUGGCCUCGCACGCGUCGGUCCAAAUGGACAACCGCUCAACGCCGCACUCGCAGCACGACAAGCAGGGAAAGAACACCAACAGUCACUCAAAUCCGCACACCAAAACGCGCUCUCCAGUCUCAACGAACUCAAUCGUCAGACGUUGUUCUACUCGGAGGAACAUCGUCCGUCUGCGUUGGGAGGUGGUGUGUCGCCUUCGGGAGGAACGUCGCCUGGAGGGAUGAUGAGUGGUGGUGGGUAUUCACCUCUUACGCCUACCGAGUCUAGCACAUACUCUUCGUCAUUUUACGAUUCGUUGGGGAGCGCGGCAGGCAAUGCUGGUGGUGCAGGAUCAUCUGGAUACUAUGGUAUCCCCGCUUCGUACAUGCAAUAUGUCCAAACCGUCCCAGCACUCGCGCGCUCAUUACCACCAUUGGCACUCGUGAAUCCAUUUUUACAUCAGCAUCAGGCGCAUUUCGUGCAUGAUGGUACGAUCAUGGGGUCCAAAAAGGGUGGAGACGUCACGCCUUUUGCGCAGGAUCAUGCCGUGUUGGAGAAAUUGUACACGAGCGUGUAUUCACGGAGGUGGAUUAACAUCACGCCCACGAAUAUCCUCGCGGGUUCGUUGGGCAGGCAGGUCGAACUCGGUGGAGUCGUCUAUAGCGAUUGUCUCGAGAUUCAUAAACCACGCGGACGUGUUGCUACUGUCGGGGAGAGCUUGGAAGAGGAAGAAGGCUUGGAGGAGACUUUGUCUGCGCGACGGCGUGGGUCUGGUGGAAGCCAGACACUGUUGGAGAAAGAAGAAGAUGAAGAAGAUGGGGAUACAGAGGAAGAUGCUGGAGAUGUACCACUUUCCCCUCCCUUGACGCCGACGGGUGAACCCCGUGCGGCGCGUACGGGUGCGUACCCACCAAACAUGCGACGAAAAAAGGGUGGCAAGAGUGGUAGUGGUACCGUUGCGUUUCCACCUAAAUCCAUUGAUGCACCCAUGACUGGAGAUUCAUUGGUGCGCAAGAAGAGUUUGAGUGGCAAGACCCGCUCGCGUGCAAAGUCGACUGCAACACAGGAAGUCCCCACUGUUGAUUUCAAAAAGCACCCGACGUUGGCACUCAAUGCGUCUCUUCAUACCAUGUUCCCGAAUCUAGACAACGAGGUCACUCGGGCGGUGCAUCUACAACGGGCAUGGGAGAACGUCGUGGCGUGCAAAGAGGCCAUGUGGGAAGAGUUUUUGCACGACUCUGCAAUGCGAGAAAAAGAGGCCAAUACUUCGUCUUCCAACGCGUUUCCAUCUUCGUCCUCUCUUGGAAUGGGAAUGGGAAUGGCUAUGGCUGGCGGAGGGAGUCUGGUUGGUGCUAUGGGCUCGCUUGGUGGCAUGGGUGGCAUGGCGGCGAUUGGUGGUAUGGGAGGACUCACCGCGAGUAUGGCGCUCCCCGUGGCGCCGUUUGUAGUGGCGAGGCGUGUGCCUACGCUACUCGAUGAACUCGAGUGGGCCGAUUCAGAUAUGCGAAGGAGCGAGCGAGAGAGGUUUGACAUUUUGCUGGACCGCUACGAGAUGCGAAUUCGACGGCACUGUGCGCAUGCUUACGAGAAUAGCGGGAUACCUUGCUUGGUGGCGCGGGAUCGUAAAGGAUGGGCCAACGUUGAAGCGGGUUGGAUUCUUCGGAUGAAGAGCUGCUCGACGAUGAAGCUGAACCGAGCAGCCAAAGUGGGUGGUGGACACCGCGAGCUCAUUGCAGAGGAAGAACUAUCGAGUUCGGAUGAAGUCACGCUUGCAGAGCCCAACUCACCACGACGCUCGACCUCGACAGCCGGUCGACCGAGUCUGGCAUCCCGUCUCUCUCCCACGAGUGAAUCACCAUCGCAUAAUCUACGUGUAACUCUCCCUACAACUGCAAGCGGUGGGAGUAGUAGUAGUAGUAGUGGGGGUUCCGGAAUCAGUCCGCCUCUGCCAACCAUCUCACCUGCCUCGCUUGGGACGACUGGACGGUUGAAUCCAGAUGGAACGCCCAUGAUCAAUCCAUCUGCCGUCGUUGCAGCAUCGCUUUCUCGUGAACGCGCACGGAGUGGCAAACAACGCAAACGGUCCAUGUCCCAGCGCGAAGCUAGGACGGCAACGAGUGGAGAGCCCGAGGGACCAGAGGAAUUACCCUCGCGCAUUCUCCGCGCAUUUAUCGCGACUAAAAUUCAACCUCCCAUUACGGUUUAA